CGAAGUAUCAUCUUCCACCCUCUUCUAUCCUCAUUCGCCCCCUCUCCACUCGACGCUUCAGCUGCUGUCAUUCCGUCCCGCCCUCUCCCUUAUCCUCCUCAUGCCCCGGCACCCCUCUUCGUGAACGGUUAGCAGCGAUGCAGACCGUCAUAUCCCACGUGCGGUUGCUGGAUGUGAAACUUCCAGUGGCUCGGCUUGUGGCCACUUUGCCGAGCAGCCGGGACGACUGCAAUGUGACCCGGUGCUCGCCUUGCAUGGCACGUGGCUCAGUAGAUGAACCCUCUGGCAAACGAUCGUCACGGCUGAUUACCUCGCUGCUGAUGGUGCCUUUCGCAAACGCCGUGAGAAGGAGCUUUUCUGAGCCCUUGUUCGAGGCUAGCAACGACCAGCCAAGGUCGAGGGUUAGAAGCUCGGCGUUGGCAAAACGGGAGCGAAGGGAGACGUCGGCCAGUCAAGCUGGUGAUCUGGAAGGGCAGGAAAACACCCGUCCGUCUGGCAAUCGCAAUACGGAGAGCAAGACAACAGCAGCAGCAGCAGCAGCAGGAGGAGGAGGAGGAGGAGGAGGGGUGAGCAUUUGGAGACGAGAUGUUCUAGCUAUUGCAGCAGGAGGGGCAUUGUCGAGGCUGAUACCCUCUACUCCUCUGCUUGAGGGCGGGUGCAAUUCUCCUUUCGACAAUCUGACGGUGCAGGUUGCACGAGCCGAUGAAAUUGAAGCUGGCGAGGAGAAUGCGGCCGGGACAGCGAGCGGGCAGAGCGAGGGAGCUGCUGGGAGGGCGACAUCAUCGCCGGUCGAUGGGCUGGUAUUGUAUUUGGAUGACGCCAACAAAUAUUCCCUGAUGGUGCCGGAGAAAUGGACACGUGGGGAGGGGCAGGCCACAGGCCAGCGGCGUGUCAUCGCGUUUUUCCCAGAGGGCGACACGGAGACUAAUGUGAACGUGGUGGUGACGAAUGUGGGUGCUGAUUUCACAGGGCUGGGGUCUUUUGGCACCGCAGAAAUGUUCGGGGAGAAUUUGGUGGGGAGCUUGGACAGAAGGAACAGCAGGAGGGCAGAGGUACGUCAAAAGGCAGUGCUCAUCGAUGCAAAGAGCCGGAAUGGGACCUAUUACGUCGAGUACAAAAUCCAGAAGCCAGGAGAGUUUGACCGACACUUCCUCUCCAGUGUUCGGCUUGGAUUCGACGGCAUAUAUAAUCGACUAUUCACAGUGACAGCGCAAUUCCGGGAGGAGGACUUGGCCACGUACCGUGAGACAUUGGACAAAGUGUUGUCAUCUUUUAAACUCAACUUCUAGCGAAGAAAAAAUAAGCAGAGUUUUUCUUUUUUUUGAGAGUUCGAUUAGGAUGACGUAAGCAGAUUGUAACACCGUCACAGCGCAAUGCCGCGAGGAGGACAUGGGCGCCUACGGGGAGGCAUUGGACAAAGUGCUGUCAUCGUUUCCACUCAAACUUCUAGAGAAGAAAAAGAAAGCAGAGUUUUUUUUUUUUUUUUUUUUUUAAUUUUAAUGAAGGAAGCGCCGAUAAUCUCCCUUUCCUCGGUAAGCAUUGAGAGCUCGGGAGAUGGCCAAAACUGUUUCUUGCUCUAUCGGUUUCGGCUUGUGGGAGGGAAUGACAGUGUUUAGCCGUAAAACCUUUAACGUCGCUUUCUUCUUUUGUUUAAGGAAAAAGAAAUUGGCUGGCAUUCAGAAUCCCGACAAUGACGAUUCCAAACGUGAGCCUGUUCCAUUGCAGAAAGCGCCACGUGCCCCUCGAUGAUCGAUUGAUUGCUGACCUGCUGGUCGAUCGGUCCAUUCAUUCAUUCAUUCAUCCACCCGUUCGAUGUAUUGAUUGAUUGUUUGUUUUCCUUGAUUGAUUGGUUGAUUGGUUGAUUGGUUGGGUGAUCUGUCUGGUUGAUUGAUUGAUUGAUUGAUUGAUUGAUUGAUUUAUUGAUUGAUUAAUUGAUUGGAUGAUCGGUUGAUUGGUUGAUUGGUUGAUUGGUGGAUUGGUGAUUGGUGGAUUGGUUGAUUGGUGGAUCGGUUGAUUGAUUGGUAAUGAGCAAUCUUUUAGUGACUGGACUCGAUGGCGGAUUCUCCAACGCCGUCGUCGCGGAACAUCUUAUGGUGAAGGAAGGAGGAAGGACCGCAGGGAUAAAAAAAAGAAAAGGAAAGAAAGACAUGGAGCUACAUGGAUCGGGCGGAAACGUGGUGGUGGUUCGUGCGGCCACGAUGGAGCGUUCCGUUCCAUUCCGUUCCGUUCCGUUUCGUUCCGUUCGGCCUGGCACGUGUCAAACGAUUGAAGAUCGUUGGCAUGGUCGACUACCUGCCAGACAUGAAAGUUUUUCUUGGACAUGCAAGCGCACUGAGACGCAUGCAAUCAUCCAGGUUGUCCGGGUACAUCCUGGCAAGUCCAGUCGUGAAGUUCUUUUUUCGACGCGGGAGGUUCUGAAGAAGAACAAGCAACCGUACGUCAUUCCAGAUUUUUUAUUUAUUUAUUAUGAUUUUUUUCUUAUAAGAAACGCCCCCGCCAGUUCAUUCCAGGGAUAUUGGCUUUGCUCUC